CAGAGCUAUAACCUUUGGACCUGUCAUGGACUAAUCUAGUGUCUUCAUGAAUUUGAUUGAAGAAAAUUAAUUUUAAUUGUUGUUAAUAUAUUUCCAGUCAGGUUGUUAAAAAGUGAAAUAAUUGAGGAUGUCACGUAUUUUGGUUGGUGUAAAGCGUGUUGUUGACUAUGCGGUCAAGGUCCGUGUCAAUCCUGAAAAGACUGGUGUCGUUACACAGGGUGUCAAACACUCCAUGAAUCCUUUCGAUGAAAUCGCCGUUGAAGAAGCCGUGAAAAUGAAGGAAAAGAAAUUGGCUAGCGAGGUUAUUGCCGUCUCUAUUGGUCCUAGUCAAUCUCAGGAAGUAAUUCGUACUGCUUUGGCAAUGGGUGCAGAUCGCGGUAUUCACGUCGAAGUAUCCGGAAAAGAAUACGACUUGUUGCAGCCAAUUCAUGUUUCUAAAAUUCUGGCCAAAUUGGCUUUAGAGGAGAAAGCCGAUUUAGUUAUUUUGGGCAAGCAAGCAAUUGAUGAUGAUUGUAACCAAACUGCUCAAAUGACAGCCGCUGUACUUGAUUGGCCACAAGGCACAUUCUGCAAUAAAAUUGAAAAAACCGAUGCUGGUCUAACCAUCACCCGUGAGAUUGAUGGCGGUCUGGAAACGAUUAAAACAAAAGUUCCAGCGGUCCUCAGCGCUGAUUUGCGUUUGAAUACUCCACGUUAUGCUACUUUACCUAACAUAAUGAAGGCAAAGAAAAAGCCCCUGAAAAAGGUGGGAGCUAGUGAUUUGGGAGUUGAUACUAAUCCACGCAUUGAUAUAAUCUCAGUUGAAGACCCCCCGGUUCGUCAAGCUGGUGCAAUUGUUCCUGACGUGGAUGCUUUAGUUAGCAAACUUAAGGAAGGUGGCCAUUGCUAGAAUAAAAAUCAAAGAUAUAUAUAAUCGAUAAGUGGAAUUUAUUUGAUACCUAUGCAUUUAUGAAAAUAUAUCAGUUUAAAACUAUUUGCGAAGCAUAUCAACAAAUUUAUGUGACUGUUUUGUGUCAAUAAAUUUUUAGCAAAUUAA